AUGACAGCUUCCCGCUCGCCGUCUGACCCAGAGGGCUGGUAUGCCCUCCACGACAGGGCAUACCAGCUCUCCUCCACGACAGGAGCUACUCCUCCACGACAGGGCAUACCAGCCAGCGUUGCAUACUGCCAACGCCGGAGCCGUGUCUCUGGUUCCAUGGCGCUCAUUCCGUCGCCUCCCCGCUUGUCUGGGUGCCCGGGCCUUUCCACUCAUUUGCGACCUCGCGAUGAGACCGACACCAGCUCCUUGGUCGUGGUUGCCUUCGCACUGCCAGUGCCGUUGCGACUGCUGGCGGUGGCGCGGCAGACCCGCGCAUUGCCAAUCACCGAGACCGCCCUGGAACCGGCGGGAUGGGAGGGCACAGGGUAUUGA